AUGUCUGCAAACGUAAUUUGCGCGCUGGUCUGCCUGGUGGCGGUGUCAUCGGUUGUGCGGCGGACGAACGGGACGGUUAACUGCCCGAUUGCGUGCAGAAGGUGCCGGGCGGGCGAAGACCACAGCGCGCUCCUGGAGGUCUACUGCGCCAUGUGCGAGGAGUGCAGAGGGAGACGCCGCCAAAUGGUCGACGAGGGAAUCAACGACGCGAGACACCGAGCCAGCAAAGAAGAUUACGAAGCGGACUGCCCGGCGCCGCCGCCCUGCGAUACCGACGUCGAGGAUGCGAUCGUCCCGCUAAAGACCACCGUCGCCACGACGACCACCGAGACGACCACGACCACGACCACGACCACGACCACUCCGUCCACGACCACGAGACGGCCGUGCCCGCCGGUGGCGGAGUGUAAGAAGCGAAAGAGGCCGCAUGCGCCAAUGGCCUGCUGUCUACCAAUGUGCGCUUACCCACCAAGCUGCCCCGAGACGAGUCAACAGCUGACGGCUGCCUACACCACACCGUCCACACCAGAGACGACGACCAAGGACUAUUUCUACGCGUACGUCGGGGUUCCGAAAGACCUCCUUCGACGA